GCCUUCUUCCUUCAGCCCAUCGUGAUCUUCGCCCUUUGCACUAUACCAGUCCCUCGUCGAUCAUGCCGCCAAAGGCUCCCGCACCAAAGGCGCCUGCCAAGCCCAAGCCUCUCAUCAAGGGCCAGGGAUCCCUGCAGGGCUACUUCUCCGGUGGCAGCAUGGCUCGCGCCGAGGGCAGCGGUGGUGGAGCAAGUGGCAGUGGCAGUAGCGCGAGUCCGCCCAAGAAGGACAAGGACAAGCCCAAGGAGAAGCCUCGUCCAGAGGUCAAGCAGAUGACUGAACCGGUCACCGUACGCGGUUAUACGCCGAGCAGCAUGUCUCCCUCGCCUUCGAAGAGCAAAGCACCUCCUAUUCGACCGAGACCUACGCCAAAGAAGGAAGAUGAGGUCACAGAGGUCGCUGCUGCAAGCCGGUCGAAUGGCUCACAGUCCAAGUACUUCCCCGAGACUGCAAAGAAGGCUGAGCCAAGUAAGCUUCCUGAUAGUGACGAAGAGGAAGAUGAGGAAGAGGUGAAACCUGCAAAAGGAAGGGGCCGGGUGUCUGCUGCCAACGCAAAGAAGAGAAAGAUCGAGGAUGAUGACGAUGACGAUGACUACGAGGAGGAGAAGGCGCAACUCAAGUCUUCGCCGCGCUCAAAGGGUCGAGCUUCAGCAGCAUCCAAGAAGAGCCCAGCGUCAAAGACAUCAACGCCGCGAGCAAAGAAGGCUCGAAAGCAAGAAAGCGAUGACGAGCAAUCAUCUGAUCUCGAGAUGGUCGAAGCUCCCCCUCCUCCAAAGACGAAGAAGACUACCACUGCAAAGGCGGGUAGCUCAAAGAACAAUUCUAUCGCUCUGGAUGACGACGACGACGACGAUGAGGAUAUGAAGAAGCCCGCUGCCUCAGCGGUUGCAAAGUCUGCUCCGAAAGCAAGCGGUAGCAGCGCCUCAGCUGCGCCGCCCAAGCCAUCCAAGGAAGAGGAAGCAGAUGCAAAGGCUGCCCUUAAAGCUAGUCGUGAUCGCGCUGCGCAAGGCCCUAGUGCUCCUGGCUCGAAGGAGAUCCCGCAAGGCGCUCCCAACUGCUUGAUUGGCCUGACAUUCGUGUUCACUGGUCAGCUCGAGAGUCUGGAGAGGGAAGAGGCCCAGAAUCUCGUCAAGGGCCUCGGAGCCAAGGUCACUGGUGCGCCAUCUUCGAAGACGUCAUUUGUCGUGGUGGGCGAAGGCGCUGGACCCUCGAAGCUCAAAAAGAUCGAGGCUCAGGGCCUCAAGACGAUCGAUGAGAAUGGGCUUCUCGAUCUCAUCCGCUCAAAGGAGGGUGCGAAGCCGGACGAAGCUGCACUAAAGAAGCUCAAGGAGGAGGAGAAAAAGAUCGAAAAGGCUGCCAAAGCAAUGGAGGUUGGCGGUGGCGGUGCUGGCAUCGGUCACAAGGGCGCUGCAGCCAAGCCCGAAGAGACCGACUCGCAUGCGCUCUGGACGACCAAGUACGCCCCAUCGCAGAUGAAAGACCUCGUAGGCAACAAUGCGGCCAUCGAAAAGCUCAAGGGCUGGUUGGAAGGCUGGCCAGCUUCGUACAAGUCCAACUUCAAGAAGCCCGGGAAAUUCGGCUACGGCUGCUUCAGGGGGAUCAUGCUGUCUGGCCCUCCCGGAAUUGGUAAGACAUCAGCUGCUCAUCUUGUCGCCCGUCUUUGCGGCUAUGCCCCCAUUGAGCUCAAUGCUAGUGACGCACGUAGUAAGAAGCUCAUCGAGCACAACCUCAAGAGUCUCAUCAACAAUAAGAGCCUUGACGGCUGGUACGGCGGAGGCGGUAUGACAGUGGAGGGCAUCACCAUUCGAGAUAACACCGUGCUCAUCCUUGAUGAGGUCGAUGGAAUGUCGGGAGGCGAUCGAGGAGGUGUGGGAGCUAUCAACCAGCUCAUCAAGAAGACUCGGAUUCCUAUCAUUCUCAUCUGCAACGACCGCAAGAGCGCCAAGAUGAAGCCCUUCGACCACACCACCUUUGGCUUGCCUUUCCAGCGACCAAAGGCUGACUCGAUUCGUUCCAGGUUGCAGACUAUCGCCUUCCGCGAGAAGCUCAAGGUCGACAAAAAUGGCAUGGACAUGCUGAUCAGCGCUGCUCAGAAUGAUAUCCGACUGGUCAUCAACAUGCUCUCCACUUGGAAGCUAGGCCAGUCUGCUCUGAGCUACGACGACAGCAAGAAGCUGGGAGCUGAGAAUGUCAAGCCUGGUAUGCCCACCCCUUGGAGCUUGUACAGCGAAUUGUCAAGUCACGCCCUCUGGGCUGCGUCUAGCAAGAAGACCUUGAACCAGAAGACUGAGAUCUACUUCAGCGACAUGGGAAUGGUACCUCUCUUCGUUCAAGAGAACUACAUCCGUCAACGGCCCCAAACAACGAUGGGUGAGACUGAUACAAAGAAGAAGGACAUGAGGACUCUGCAGCUGCUGAAUGGUGCAGCUGCAGCCAUCUCUGACGGUGAUGUGGUGGACAACAUGAUUCACGGCUCCCAGCAGCAAUGGUCUCUCCUGCCUUUGCAUGCCGUACAAUCCACUCUGAAGCCAAUGUCUCUCAUGUAUGGAAUGGGCCCAGAAGGCUCUUACGGUCCUGCCUUCCCGGCCUGGUUCGGUCAAAACUCCAAACAAGGAAGAUUGUUCCGAGCCACGGUGGAGCUGCAGACAAAGAUGAGGCUCACUGCAAGUGGCUCGCGACACGAAGUGCGAGAGCAAUACCUCCCCCACCUCUUCACCGGUCUUUCCAAGCCUCUCCUCUCCUCCGGCGCUUCCGGUAUCCCAGACGUCGUCGAGAUGCUGGACGCCUACUACCUCAAUCUUGAGGACCGAGAGAACAUCAUGGAGCUCGGCGUGGGCAAAAACAAUGGAGACGAGGUGCUCAAAAAGGUACCCACGGCUGUCAAGUCUGCCUUUACUCGACAGUACAAUGCUGCUAGCCACCCCAUUGCGCUCCAGAGGGGCGAUUUGGGAAGUGGCGGUCGAGCCAAGCAGCUCGUGGGUGAUGCCGCGCCCGAUGCAGAGGAGGCCAUCAUUCAAGAUGAAAUCGUGGAAGAGUCGGGCAGCGAAAUGGGCGACAGUGAUGAUGAUCUCGACUUUACAAAGGACAAGAUGAUCAAGGAGAAGAAGCAAAAGGCGGCAAAGGGAAAGGCAAAGGCCAAGUGAGCGAAGUGAUGGGCAAAGGAUCGUCCUCCCGAUGUAAGCUGUGGAUCACGAACUAUCAAUGCCACUUUCCGGAACUCCCUGUUGCCUGACUUUCAACCGCUUGCUAGCUUCGUUGCCUGACACCUGACACCUCA